CAUUGUUGCAAACAUUGGAUCUCACUGGAUCGAGUCUAUGAAUGGCAAAGCCAAGAUCUUGGACUCAGAUAUGGCCGUCUUUUGUCAGGGCGUGUAUUCUUAUUCUUGUCUUGAACUUCAAGAUCAUAGCAUUAGCGGAUGACAAUGGAAGCAGCGAUUAUGCAUCAGAAAGUACGUGCAAGAACACAAAUUAUCAAAUUUUCCUCCCUCCACCAUAUCAGAAUAUAUCCUAUUCCUCUACGAUAUGCAAACCUGUUUGGCAUACAUACGAAUUGAGGUACACUAAAAGCGGUGAUACCACAACUGUCAUAUUAUCUGCUCCCUACACUGUUGGGUGGGUGGGAAUUGGAUUUUCUAGAGAUGGAAUGAUGACUGGUUCCAGUGCAAUGGUGGGAUGGAUUAAUAAACAUGGUCAUGCAAAAAUCAAGCAAUUUUAUCUGAGGGGUAGGAAGCAAUCAGAAGUGAUUGUGGAAAAAGGUGAACUGCCUCUAAAUAAUGUGCCUCCCGCUGUGGCAACAAAUGGGGCCGAGAUUUAUAUAGCGUUUCAGCUGGAAACGACAAUUCCAUUUCGAAAGCAACCAAUUUUAUUGGCUUUUAGUACUAAACAUCCGCAGAACCACCAUUUGUCCAAGCAUGAUGACAAAACAGCUGUUGUGUUUGAUUUUUCUUCAGGUUCUACUGGUCCCGUAUCUAAUGGGUUAAUUAAGAUGAGGAAAAGCCACGGAAUAGUGGGUAUAAUAGGGUGGGGUCUAAUCCUUCCUGUGGGAGCAAUUAUUGCAAGGUACUUCAGGCAUAAGGAUCCCCUAUGGUUCUAUCUCCACUCAAUCAUUCAAUUUGUGGGCUUUGCAUUUGGUCUUGGCACAGUCCUUCUUGGAUUACAACUUUAUAGCAAAAUGCAUGUCCACAUACCAGCUCAUAGAGGCAUAGGCAUCUUUGUCCUUGUGCUAAGUAUUCUUCAGAUAUUGGCAUUCUUCUUGAGGCCAAACAAGGAUUCCAAGAUUCGAAACCUUUGGAAUUUGUACCAUGGUUGGUUUGGAAGAAUGGCACUUUUUUUUGCAGCCUUGAACAUAGUGUUGGGGAUCCAAGCUGCAGGAGCAGGGAAUGAUUGGAAGGGAGGCUAUGGAUUCCUCGUUAGCAUCAUACUUAUUGCAGUUAUCGUUCUGGAAGUAUUGGCAUAUUUGAAAAGGUCAGAGAAGCGUUCUCUUCCUUCCACUUUCCAAAUGGACUCAGUUGGGGAAGCUACCUUUCCUAGUAAUCUACCUAAAGGUUAAAUGUGUCGGCUCCUAGUUUUGCACUCGUACAAGAAGUGUCAGUUGUCUCAUUCACCAGUUCAAACUAAACCUCGUCCUCCUGCAUGUGAACUGAAUUGUGGAGCUUUCUUGAUGUAGAUAUGUGGUCAGCUAGAAGUUUGCUAAGAUGGACAACCCUAACGUUUGGCUUCCUCACUUGAACUUUUUUGCUUUCUUCAUUGGGUUUCCUCAGCUGCUUAAUCAGGAAUGUAAUGCCUGCGUUUGCAUCUAUAUUUUGUUGUUUUAUAAAAUGUGAUGAAAUUUGAGGAUUGGAUCGGGGGGUGAUCAUGUGUGGAUUAAAUGAGCACUUUUGUGGC